CGCUCAUAAAUAGCAAGGGCCGGAUCGAGUCCCAUACUGUUUCACCUUCACAGCGAUCCGAUGCAUCAUGCAUGGGAGGACGACAAGGAGAGAGAGAGAGGAGGCACCAGCAGCAGUAGACUUGUUUCCAUUGGAUUUACGUCUUCACCAAUUUCUCACCUCCCUCUGACCUCUGAGCUUACAGACUUACAGUGGCAAAUAGAAAUUAAACAAUGUAAACCGAAAGAAACAAGCUGUAGGGCCAUGGCGAGGUGGGUUAACCCACUACCAUAGUGCUGCGGUCCUCUGUCCUCCGACAUUAAUGGAAGCCGUUGAAGAGUGUCUCACGCAGCUCGUCUCUGUAACACAAGCGUACACGCUUACGCACGGGUGACGCGACGAAGCCAAGAAUGCGGUGCCUUGCCGAAUGGUGUCAUAUCAAGUAAUGUAAGGCACUCAGAUUUUGUAUACCCCCUAUGCCGGUAUCCGCGAGACUCGCCCGUCGAGCAAAGGCUAGGGAGGUGAUCAAGCAUGAAGCAAGGAGGCGUUUGGUUGUGUUACCUGCUCUUGAUAGCUUGUGACCUCGGAAUUUCACUUGCUGCAAAUGUUAGCUAUGAUCACAGGGCGUUGGUCAUCGACGGGAAACGCAGAAUCUUGAUAUCUGGUUCCAUACAUUAUCCCAGGAGCACUCCGGAGAUGUGGCCAGACCUCAUACAGAAAGCCAAAGACGGUGGCCUUGAUGUCAUUGAGACAUACGUUUUCUGGAACUUACACGAACCUGUACAGAACCAAUACGAUUUCCAAGGCAGAAAAGAUCUGGUGAAGUUCGUGAAAAUGGUGGCAGCAGCAGGCCUUUAUGUUCAUCUACGAAUUGGCCCUUACGUGUGCGCAGAGUGGAAUUAUGGGGGCUUUCCUCUCUGGCUGCAUUUUGUUCCCGGAAUAGAGUUCAGAACUGAUAACCAACCUUUCAAAACAGAAAUGCAACGUUUCACAUCGAAGAUUGUACAACUCAUGAAGCAGGAGCAACUAUUUGCGUCUCAAGGAGGACCCAUUAUCUUGAGUCAGAUCGAAAACGAGUAUGGGAACAUCGAUUCUGCUUAUGGACCUGCUGGAAAAUUGUAUAUCAAUUGGGCUGCAUCUAUGGCUACAGCUCAAAACACAGGUGUUCCCUGGGUGAUGUGCCAACAGGCUGAUGCUCCUGAUCCAAUUAUAAACACUUGUAAUGGAUUCUACUGUGAUCAGUUCACUCCAAACUCCAACCAGAAACCUAAGAUGUGGACAGAAAACUGGACUGGAUGGUUUCUAUCUUUUGGUGGUCGAGUACCUUAUAGACCAGUGGAGGACAUAGCAUUUGCAGUUGCUCGUUUUUUCCAGCAAGGAGGAUGUUUCCAGAACUACUAUAUGUACCAGGGUGGAACCAACUUUGGCCAUACUUCUGGUGGCCCUUUCAUUGCCACAAGUUAUGAUUAUGAUGCUCCAAUUGAUGAGUAUGGCAUUGUUAGACAACCUAAGUGGGGCCACCUCAAGGACUUACACUCAUCCGUCAAGUUAUGUGAGGAUGCAUUAGCUGCUGCAGAUCCGACUUUUACUUCCUUGGGUCCAAAUUUGGAGGCACAUAUGUACAGGGCAGGGCCAGAAAAAUGUGCAGCUUUUCUUGCUAAUGUGGGCACACAGUCAGAUCAAACUGUAACAUUCAAUGGAAAUUCUUAUCAUCUGCCAGCUUGGUCUGUUAGCAUUCUACCUGACUGCAAAAAUGUGGCGUUUAACAGUGCAAAGAUAAAUUCGCAGAUUACACGUUUUGAGAUGACACAGAUCGAAUCAGCAUUCAAGUCUGAGGUAUCAAGUGUUUCUUCUGUACCACUUCAGUUAACAUGGAGUUGGAUACCUGAGCCAGUGGGCAUAUCAAAGAGCGACAAGUUUGAAAGAGAUGGUCUCUUAGAGCAAGUUAAUACAACAGCUGAUCUCAGUGACUAUUUGUGGUAUUCUUUGAGCAUUGGAAUUAUGGGGAAUGAAUCUUUCCUUGUAAAUGGAACUCAAGCUGUGCUUCACAUUGGAUCACUAGGACAUGCUCUUCAUGCUUUUGUUAAUGGAAAGCUUGUUGGCAGUGGAACUGGGAACAGUGAAAAUGCGAAGGUCACAUUAGAAACAUCUGUGGUAUUAAAGCCUGGUAACAAUGUUAUUGAUCUCCUAAGCGUCACGGUUGGCUUACAGAACUAUGGUGCCUUCUUUGAUAAAAAGGGUGCAGGCGUUACUGGUCCUGUCACAUUUAUGGGCAUCCAAAACCACACGAUUGAUCUUUCCAAAAAGCAGUGGACAUACCAGGUUGGACUGAAAGGCGAAGAGCUGGGCCUGAAUGGGAAUUCUGACAUGAGUGAUACACAGUGGUCAUCUUCUGAUAUACCAAUUAAUCAGCCAUUGAUAUGGUAUAAGGCAAAUUUUGAUACCCCAGACGGGGAUGAUCCGAUUGCGCUGGAUCUUGGAGGCCUAGGAAAGGGUGAAGCAUGGGUGAACGGUCAAAGCAUUGGUCGUUAUUGGCCUAGCUAUAGCUCUCCCCAGGAUGGUUGCUCCAGCUCAUGCAAUUAUAGAGGAGCAUACAAUUCAAACAAGUGUCUCAAGAAUUGUGGAAUGCCCUCUCAGAGACUAUACCACGUCCCUCGUUCGUGGAUGACACAGAAGGGUAACACGCUGGUGUUGUUCGAGGAGGUCGGAGGGGAUCCUGCUAAGAUAUUCUUCGUAAAGAAGACUCUCGGAAGCUUGUGCGCCCAGGUAUCGGAAUCGCACCCAUCCCCACUUGACGCGUGGGAGUCAGAUGCACGAAGAGAGCAGAGAUUAGUGCCAGAACUUCGUCUCGAAUGCCCAUCGGCAAACCAAGUUAUCUCUUCAAUCAAAUUUGCAAGUUUUGGCACUCCCAAAGGGACGUGUGGAAAUUUCAGCCAUGGUUGGUGCAGUAGCCAAACGGCUCUUGAUCUUGUCAGCAAGGUCUGUACUGGAUUGCGGAGCUGCAAAGUCGGCGUUUCAAGCAAGACUUUCGGCGACCCAUGCAAAGGCGUCGUUAAGAGCCUGGCCGUGGAAGUUCUGUGCUCAGUCUAAAUCGAUGUAUUGUGCGCGUCAGUUCAUUUUCUGACAAAGCAAGACAUGUAGCAGGUGCUUACCACCAGAUAUAUUGAUGAAUCUCGUGUAAACCUUGAGGAUUUUUAUGGAACAUCUUAACAUAUAUAUGCCUUA